AUGUUGAUUGAUGAAUGCAGGACGCGAAACUCGACGGACGACGCUCAAUCCACGGCCACCUCGUCGUCGCCGCCGCCGCCGUCGCGCGGCCAUCGACGAGAAUCGGAGACGACGAUAGCGAACAAGGAAUCAGCGAAUCGAACCGUCCGAUUCUCGUCGUCGCAUCUGACGAGCAACGACGUUUUCAUGCGCAUCGACUCAUGGCCGAAUGAGAGGCGGCCAGCGAGCGAUGGCGGCGUGUUGUGUUGCGGUUGCGUCGACGCGAUUCGCGGCUGGUCGCGACGCCAGCGAUGCCUUCUCGCGUUCGUCGUCCUCCUUCUACUGUUCUCGAUCGCUUCCGCCAUUGUGCUGCUCAUUUUCUUCAUUGUCAAUACUGGCGGCCAUAAUCACGCGUACCCGAACAAUCUGCUCACGACGAGCACCACGAUGACAAGCACCACGUCGAGCCGAUCGUCUCAAUUCCUCGUCGGCUACGUCGUCAGAACCUCGUCGCAAUUCCAUUCGUUCGGCGUCAAUCUGACGACGUUCGCGCCGGACGUCGCCGGCCUCGUCUACACGUCGAGAAUCAUCGGCUACAGUGUGCGUGACUCGCGGAUGAUCGUCUUCAACGAGACGUCGAACACGUUCGCCGCUUACAAUCUGUCGAUGGCGGACGCGAGUUGCGCCACGUGUCAGAUCCUCUCCUAUGAUCCGCGGAUCAUCCCGCCCACCGUCGAUUCGGUGAUAGCGUGCUGUUGGGAUUGUCGCGAUAUGGCAUCCAGCGAAUCGCAAAAGUGCUCCGUCAAAGGCCACUACUUCGAGAUCAUCAACAAAUCGGUGGAGAUGCGAGUCGACGACGAUCGAAGCACACUGCACGUGACGACGAUGAGCAACUCGACGACGCCAUGCACCAUUCAAACCAUUGUGCUCAACGGCACGUCGAUGGUGACCCAAAUCGGCGACACCAUCCAAUGCCCAUCGAUCGACAUCGAAGCGUUGAGCACAAUCGUCGAGUACAAGGUGAUGAAUGUGCUCGACGCUGGCGGCAAUUUACGCCUCUACGACUCGACAUUCAACGAGACGAUUGCCAUCGACUAUCACGCCAACACCACCGCGCCAAUGGUGUUUCGAUCGCAGGCGACGCGCGAGUCGAUCGAGUUGAUCGCGAUGAUCUACGACGGCGUCUUCUACGCGACGCGUCGCAAUCGCGUCUCGUCGUGCGUCAGCACUCUCAUCGACGGCUCGUCGGCGUUUCUGUUCGAUGGCGCGUUUCGCGGCGGCGAUUGGAUUGGCGAUCGACUCAUGGUGUGGUACGCCGAGAGGGAUGGCGUCAAUUUGGCGUCGUUCGAAUUCGAAUGGCCCGACGACACCAAAUGCUAA